AUGGAAUCGAAAAGACUUGACUAUGCCAUUAUUGGGGGAGGGAUCUCGGGGCUGAGCCUGGCCAUCGCCCUCCAUCAUCGCGGCGUCUCAGUCCACAUCUACGAGCGUGCACGCAAGUUUGGUGAGAUUGGGGCGGGGGUUUCUUUCACGUCGAAUGCCUUGCAGUCGAUGAAGAUAUGCCACCCAGGCAUCCACGAUGCUUUUGAGAAGGUCUCUACCCGCAAUGUCUGGCCCUCGAAGCAAAGUGUGUGGUUUGACUAUUACAACGGUCAACAAGCAUCAUCAGAGAAGCCAGCAUUCUCGAUUACAAAUGAUUUGGGCCAGCGUGGGGUCCAUCGAGCACACUUUCUUGAUGAGCUUGUCAAGAUGAUUCCAAGCGAUAUAUCAUCUUUUGGAAAGGAGCUAGAGCGAUAUGAGAGAGGAAGCGACGGAGUAUACACAUUAUUCUUCGGCGACGGGUCUACGGCGCGGGCAGAUGCAAUCAUUGCCUGCGAUGGGAUCAAGUCGAGGGUCCGCCAGCUCAUGUUUGGCAUCGACCACGAAUGCGCCUUUCCUUCUUACACGCACAAAUACGCCUACCGCGCCUUAAUACCAAUGGCGGAUGCGGCGGCUGCCAUUGGUCCAGAGAAAGCAGAGAACGCCUGCAUGCAUAUGGGUAAAGGAGGCCACGUCCUGACAUUCCCCGUCAACCAAGGCCAGACACUCAACAUUGUUGCCUUUCACACAACCGAGAAAGAGUGGCCGGACCGAGUCAGACUCACGGCACCAGCCACGCGAGAAGACGCUCUGCGCGAUUUCGCUGACUUUGGCAACACGGUAACCGAUCUGCUUCGUCUUUCACCCCAAGAACUUGAUACGUGGGCCAUAUUUGACUUAGGCGAUCAUCCACCACCGACGUUUGCAAAGGAUGGCGUAUGUCUUGUUGGCGACGCUGCACAUGCGACUUCGCCGCAUCACGGUGCGGGUGCAGGACUCUGCAUCGAGGAUGCCGCUGUUCUGGCAGAGCUCCUCUCUGACAAGAGGGUGGUUACCCGCCGCGAUGCCGAGCAUGCGUUUGCGACCUUCGAUGCCGUGAGGCGAGAGCGGGGAUCCUGGUUGGUCCAGAGUAGUAGGCAUAUAGGCAACGCUUACGAGUGGUUGGUCCCUGGACUGGAGAACAAUCUGGACAGGAUUGAGGCGGACAUAAAUCGCCGGAAUGGAAUCAUAGCCAACGUUGAUGUGGCUUCUAUGUGCAGCCAGGCGGUGGCUGAAUUGGCAAGCGGGUAUGAUAUUAUUGCUGGAGCUAAGAUAUAA